AGUCCACCUUAGCAACACAGACGCUAGGUCACACACGAAGCGCGCUAUUAUCACAUGUCCACAAGUGUGAAAGAGUGGCCCUUGACUUAUUUUCAUAAUCCGGAAUUUUUACCCCAACAACUGCCAGAAUAAAGUCACAAAUAUAGCUUAUUUUGUUCACAAUGAUGGCCACACGUACAAGGACUCAACUACCGGUGGCCACAGCCACGGUAGGCCCAGCAAAUUGGCGAGAAUCUACCAUCAAAGAAAUCAAAGUUUCGCAGUCCACCGUCGACCGGAGUGAUAAGGGGCUGGACUUGGGCCGCUCGAUAGACCCAUUGCCUUCCCUCCGUGACAACUGUGCCCAGCAGAGCAACACCGUGGUCAAUUCCUACGUCCGAGAAACCAGGGCAGUCCUGGUGAAACUCAGGGAGAGUUUUUUGGACACUAAUGAGGAGAUCAAAUGUCUCCUUCGCGGCAAAGAGGCUUUGGAGAAAAAGCUUGAGCACAUACGGAAGGACAUCAGUCUGAACAAAAUGAGUACAGAGAUUCGCUGCACCCGGCCAGGAAGAGAGAGGGAGCGUGAUGGAGCUGAUACUUUGCUUGAUCGAGAGCUACGCCAUCUGCUGCAGCUGAAAAAAGCACUAGAGGCACAGCUGAGAUCGGUGCAGAAACAGCUACAGAUUCUUGAUCAAGUACGCAAGAGACUGAAUGCUGUCAUCCAAGAACGCAACCGGGUUCUUGACCUCAUCUGCCAUGCUGUGUCCUCUGUCACCAAUGGCCGGGCAUCGCGCAACAACGGUCGCCACUCACGCCAGGAAAAGAGUGUGACCAUGACCUUUGGCGCCAACGGUCUGGGCUACACCCGCCAGAUUGACCAGAACAUGAACGCCAACAACGGUGGGCGGUCCAGCAAGCUGGACGCAGGGGAUGGGGACUCGAAUGAGUUGCCCAUUGACCCCCUGGGACCAUACACCCCAGAGGCCUCCGCUGCCAUCGACCAAGCCAGGGAAGCUCGCCACCGGUCCAUGGGCUUGAGACGCGAGAUCCGCGACGCGAUUGAAAAUACCGAACGCCUGCAGGAGACAGCUCACAAAGCUGUCAACAGCGGGAUGAACAAGAAAGUGGCCGAGACCAUCACACUCCGGCAACACCUGACAGUGGCAGCUGGCGAGAACCGUCAUGCCAUUCAUCGCUCCCAGCGUUGGUACGACUCGACGGAAAGAGCUCGUUACUACACCGUGGGGCCGGAGAUGCAGUCAGAUCUGGAGAUGAGAGAGAGAUUGGACCGGCCGCUUGUUCGCGUGUAUCAACGUCACCCGGGGACCAACCUGCCUGAGGCCCAAGACAUCAUCAGAGGUGCUGCUGGAUUGGAUAAGUCUCUACUGACAACAAGCCGCAACAUCGCCAUGCUUCAAAUGGCUAACAACCGUCUGCAGGACGACAUACGACAUAAGAAUGCUGGGGCUAGUGUGGACUCCUCCAUUGUCAGGAUGCGACGGCGUCUUGCUAAUCAUCGCUGGGUCAUGGGAAGCGUGUAGAAGUAUAAAUCUCGUCACUACGACAUCUGACCUGUGAUCAUGUGGUACAUUUUGGGGUGCCCUCUGUAGAUAUCCAAAUUAUUUCAAAGUGAAAAUGAAGAGUGGAAGGUAAAACAAGUUGACCUUAGUACAAGUUACUCCCCUUUAGAUUGGUGAGACUCAUGUUGCUGAUUUACUAUAAAGAAAGCUUAAAUAAUUCUAAGAUAUAAAAAAAAAACCCAGAUACUGCUUUGCGAUAAAAAUUUAAAACUACAUAACUGAUCAUUUCAAAGAUCUUUUUCAAGACAGUAAUUAAGUACUGACACCAAUUGAAGUUUGCAGUAAUACUGACUAGGAAGUUGGAUCAUGAAAAUAUUGAGAACUAUUUUAAAGACAGUUAUAUUAAAAAAAAUCUGUGACCCUAGUUGUACUUUGUCACCGCCUAGACUAGCUUAUAGCUAAUGUAAAAUCCCGAGGAGGUUGUCCAAAUACUGUACACACGUAUGGAGAACAUUUCUUUACUGAAUGUACUGUCAACAGAGGGCGUCCCAGACUGACAGUGAGCCUACAGCUUGAUGAUAUCAUUGCACUUUUAAAAACAAUUUUUAAAACGAACUUAAGUCGAUUAAGUUGAUUACUACUGAUCCAUUUCAUUGAAUAAUUUUACUUCGUGUAUUUCAAAUUCCUGUUAUGCUGAAAAGUAACAUUGGAUUUUAAUUAUUACUUUCACUGUUUUUUAUUAGAAACUAUGCACAAUUAAAGGCAACAACUUUUUUUUAUAAGAAAAAACAUUUUUGCCAAAUGCAUUUAUACAAUUCCGUCCAUGUACAGGUGCUUUGUUUUAACUGAUGGAAAAUCUUUUGGGGGUUAAAAAAGGCAUUACCAUUGUGGAAAGUUUUGCAGCUAUCAGUAGGUAUGCAGGAGUAUUUGUUCUAAGCAACCAAAUUGUGUGCUUGUUUAUUUUUCUUUACGAGGUCGGGAGUCCUCAGGACUGAUUUUUUUGUUUUUGUUUUUUUGGCAGGUUUCAGUCUUUUUGGCUGCAAGUGUUUUGAAGUACGCAAGGGGGAUUAUUUGGAAUAAAUUCCAAAUCAAAUUGAUUACUUCAUGUGCUUACAGAAAGGAUGAUUUGUAAAUUUAUUUUGCAAGAAAUGUAUAUAUUGCUGAUUCAAGUUAACAAAACUGAUGUAAAUAAUUCUCAAUAAUCAUGACCAAAAUUCUGUAAAUGUUUUGUACUCGCGGCAUCACAAAAUCCUCAAAGGAUUAGGUGUUCUGAAUGGAUUUAAGUUCUUUAAGUUCCUUAUCUAAAUCCACAUGGUCAAAUCAAUUCUCUGAAUUCAGGAUGAAACUUGGUUUACCUCACAAUAACAGGGUUCAAGCACAUACAAUUUGAUUUUGUUCGGCAUGAUUUCAUGCCAAAUCAAGAAUGUGGAGCGAGGUUGGUUUUCUUUCCAACACACUGCUGCUGUGCACUGUUUGUUUGUUUAAACUUGUGCUGUUUAUGUUUCAUCUUUUCAGAUUCACGAUUUUAAUAUUUUCAUCUCGUUUUGGGUUUCCAACAUGGCAUCUGACUGCGCUGCUUUUUGGAUUGUAAAAACGACGGUUUGAAAUGUUUUACUCUAAUUCAUUCUACAGGUUGAUCACGCACAGAAAAUACACCACCAUUACAACCAUUACAUUAUUACUUGUAUGAGUGGCAGCAUGCACACACAUCACAGAAAGCAUGAAUAAAAUAAAUAAACUGCCUUA